AUGCCAGUUCAUGAAAAGAUCCCGAUAACAUCAUCUUUCUAUAACAUUGCCGUACUAGCAAUUAAGGCAAUUUGGUUAUCAUUUUGGUCACUUCUUGGUUUCACAAACUUGUAUCAUGAACCACAACAACAAUUCACAACAACACCUACAACAAUAAAAUCUGAUACAGAUUGCAAAAGUGAUACUGAUACCUUCAGAUCUAAGAUAAUUGAUGCAAAAGACAUAAAUGAAAUUGUUGAAGCUUCUGGAUAUAGAGUUAGAGAACAUGUAGUUACUACUAGAGACGGAUAUUUAUUGGUGAUCCACAAACUUGAAAAUCCUAAGCUUGUUGGAAAACAUCAUAUCAAUGCUUCCAAGAUUAUUUAUUUUCAUCAUGGAUUAAUGACAAAUUCUGAAUUGUUUGUAUUGGGAAGUACUAAAUUGAAAACAUUGCCUUAUUUGUUGGUUGAUUUAGGUUAUGAAGUUUGGUUAGGUAAUAACAGAGGUAAUAAAUAUUCAAGAAAACAUUUAAAAUUACCAGCUUCUGAACCUAAAUUUUGGGAUUUUUCUUUGGAUGAAUUUGCAUAUUUUGAUAUUCCUGACAGUUUGACUUAUGUUAAGAAUUAUUAUGAAACUGUUCAUCAUAGUCCAUUGGAUCCACAAAUCAUAUAUAUUGGAUUUUCUCAAGGCUGUUCUCAAUUUUUUGCAAGUUUAAGUUUAUAUCCUCAUUUGAAUACCCAAUUAAGAAUGUUUAUUGGUUUAUCCCCAGCUAUUAUUCCUCAGAAUUUAAAACAUCCAGUAUUCAAGUUGAUUGUCAACCAUACUGCAGAUGAUAAUUCAUUUUUGUAUAGUUUGUUUGGAAGAAGGGCUCUUUUACCAUCAGUAGCAUUUUGGUCUACCAUUUUGGGACCAACAUUAUAUGAAAAAGUAGUUGAUAUUAGUUUGCAAUUAUUAUUUGGAUGGAAAGGGGAGAAUAUUUCACAAACGCAAAAGGAAAUGGGUUACCCUCAUAUGUUUUCAAACUCAUCAGUUAAAUCAUUAUUACACUGGUUUCAAAUCAUUAAAGCAAGAAGAUUUCAAAUGUUUGAUGAAACUUGUACUUAUGGUGUAACUAAAUUGUCUGCAUUCAAUAAAGAUCUGAAAUCAAGAGGAAAUAGAGUUGCACCUUUCCCAAUUGCCGAUCAUUUAGAUGUUCCAAUGCUUAUAUUUUAUGGUGAUAGCGAUAUUUUAGUAGAUGUUAACAAGAUUAAAAACUUGGUGGUUGAUAAUAAUCAUAAAAUGAAGGAUAAAUUGGAAUUUGUUUUAUGUCCAGGAUAUGAGCAUAUGGAUACUUUAUGGGCAGAAAAUGUUUAUCAUGAUGUUUUCAAACCAAUAAUUGAUAGAUUAGAAGCAAUUCAAGUUCCUGAACCAAUUGAAGGUGAAACAUUGCGUGGAUUAAUUAGAGAUCGUGACCAAAGAUUAAAUGACAGUUCAACAAAACUCAACAGUUUGAAUAGUAGUUUUAUUUUAAAUGAAAAACCACUAUCAAAUGGAGGUUCUAACAGUUUAAGAAAUGUUAAUGGCAAUUUCUUUACUGAUAAAACGACAACUGGAAGUUAUAAAACUAUGGAAAAAGUUAAUGGCAGUUUCCUGAAUAGUGAUAAUGAGAAAGAAGUUGAAGUUACCGACAGCUGGUGA